AUGGCUUUAAAUACUGAGCUUUUUGGCGGUGCCAUAAAAGUAAACCUUCCACAAGGAUUUAUAGAUGCAAGUCUUUUCCGUCAAGUGCCUGAUACACAAGAAGUUUUUGUUCAUCAAACUGUGGAUGACUCAAUGAUGUUUGACUUGCUUGAACGUCUAGACUCUCCUACAGAUUUUCACGCUCUCAAAGAACAUUUAGAUGAGAUUUCCCGAAUUAAUGAUACAGACCCUAAUUCGCAGUUAAUACAGCUUUAUACUGAAACUCACCCACUUAGAAAAAAAUCUAUUAGUUCUAAAGCCUCACCAGCAUAUAUCACAGUGGCUAUUGAGCCCGCCAAAAAAUGGGGACGAACUACAAAAUUGAACAAUGAACCAGAAUCAGCCAAUGACAACGUUCUUGAAGAACCAAUUUUGGUGCUAAUUCUUGUUUUGAUUCGGAUAAAAGAUGUAGAAACUGAUUUUAUUGUGUCUUACAACACCCCAAUUACCAAGAUAAGUGAGCUCAAGGCUUUACAAGAAAUAUUUGAUCAAAACGAAGAUUAUUCGACCUCAUCAUUAGAAAAACUUCCUUCGCGGGUUCAAGAAGGCGUAAAGAACAUUAAAGAAGUUCUUAAUUCUUUAGAAGUCGAAGAUUGGACACUGUUCGCGUAA